AGCGUUAUUGACCACGCCCGCCGCCACCCGGCUGUAGUUGUGGAGGUCAGCUCCGCCCCUUCCUUUUUCCCUCCGAGAAGGCGGUGGAGGCUGACUCUACAGUCAUGGCCAAGAUUAAGGCUCGAGACCUUCGCGGCAAGAAGAAGGAGGAGCUGCUGAAACAGCUGGAGGACCUGAAAGUGGAGCUGUCCCAGCUACGCGUGGCUAAAGUAACAGGCGGCGCGGCUUCCAAACUCUCCAAGAUCCGUGUUGUUCGCAAAUCCAUCGCCCGUGUACUCACCGUCAUUAACCAGACUCAGAAAGAGAACCUCAGGAAAUUCUAUAAGGGCAAGAAGUACAAGCCCCUGGAUCUGCGGCCCAAGAAAACGCGUGCCAUGCGCCGCCGGCUCAACAAACACGAAGAGAACCUGAAGACCAAGAAGCAGCAGCGGAAGGAGCGGCUGUACCCACUCCGGAAGUACGCGGUCAAGGCCUGAGCAUCCAGGUGUCAAUAAAACAAACAAACUGGC